GCCGCUACAGAUUCCAGCGCCCCUGCAGCUGCGGAAGGCGGUUGCCUCUGCGAUGCACAGCCGCCGCAGCUAUGGUCCGACAACACGGCCUUCGAGGGCUGCGCCGCAGAGGCCCAGCGCGUGGCGCAAGGUCUCGUGGCGUUCCGCCUACUUCCAGGCGACAUUGCCGGGACCGUUGUUUGCCUUCCCCUGCAAUGUCGACCUUGUGCAGGCGACGCAGCGUCUCUGCCGCCUCAGGGGGCCGGUGCUUUGACCUUUGCCUCGCGCGAGCUGUGCCCGUUGGGGAGCCCUGUCAUCGUUACAGAUGCGGCGCUGUCGGAAGCGCGACAGGAGUUCACCCAGACUUUCGGUGCCUCGCCCCUCCACCGGAACCAAGAGUUCCGCGGCCUUUGGGCGGAAUGCUCCGACUCCGUUCAGCGAGUCGCCGCCAAAGUUUGCUUUCCGACGCUGGCCGGCGAAGGGUGCGAUGAAUGGAGCAAAUAUGCUUUGCCCAGAUGCCGGCUCAAUCUUGGCUUUCCGUACGACCCGCAGCACAUGAGCUUCCUCACGGCUCAUGCAUGCCCGUCAACACGGCAGCUCUACUGCCCGCCCGAUGUGCCGAUCGCCAUCCGUGCGACUCUCAAAGCUGGCUCGAGAUCGACCGGGCUUUGGGCGGCGACGAUUGAAGGCCUUCUUCCCAGCCUCGUGGCCCUACGUCGGGCUCUUACUGCUUCGCUGCAGGACGAGGUGAACUUUGCCCGGGGCAGCGGUUCCAGCGCGGACGCGGCCUUUAAACGUUUCGGACGUGAGUGGAUUGAGCACGAGCUCUUUCGCCUGGGCUGCAGCCAGGAAGACUGGCAUCGCACGUUAAACGGUAUGACCGCCCGACACUUUAACGAGGAGCUGCCAUUGUUAGGCCUUCCGUUGGCGUUGUGCCCUACCUGCUGCAGAGAGGGCACGGCUCGGCUUCGUGUGGUGACGCUGCGGAAUCCGUUCGCCAGACUCGCGAGCUACUGGAGGGAGUGGAAGCAGAGGAGGGGUCACCUGGCGCCGGACAUCUCCUUUGACUCCUGGCUGAGGGAGAUCCUGUCGGAGAACCCAGAUCGAAGCUUUAUCAGCGAACGGGACGAGUUUCACGUGGAACCGGCCUUCACAUCUCCCCCCGAGGAGAAGGAGGUCGUCUUCCUUGUGGAGCGUCCUGACGAGUCGAUCAGAUUGGUGGAGGAUGCUCUUUGCCGAGAGCCUUACCGUCGCUGCGGACCUUUGCCGCCCUUCCCGGCCAUCUGCAGACAAGCUAUUUCCUUUGAACACUUGAUGUCAUGUUUGUUUGGUAGUCUCUGA